AUGACGGUCGAAGUCCUUAGCAACGGCGUGAAUGGCGUCUCGAAAUCCGUGCCGUCGGCACUGCCUUUGGUGCAGAAACUAUCCAAGAAUCACGACAUAGUGCUCAAGACCUUCCGGUUGCUGAUUGCUGAUCUUUGCCAGCAAUUCAACGGUGGACAUCCGGGAGGUGCCAUCGGCAUGGCUGCUAUCGGCGUUGCGCUGUGGAAGUACGUGAUGCGCUAUGCACCACACACCCCAAAUUUCUUUAACCGGGACCGAUUUGUGCUUUCAAACGGCCACACCUGUCUCUUCCAAUAUAGUUUCCUGCACCUGACCGGGUACAAGGCUAUGACUUUCGAGCAGCUCAAAUCCUAUCAUUCGGAUCGCGUUGAUGCCUUGUGCCCUGGACAUCCGGAGAUUGAACAUGAGGGUAUCGAAGUCACCACCGGGCCGCUGGGCCAGGGUAUCGCCAAUGCCGUUGGUCUUGCUAUGGCAACUAAAAACCUCGCCGCCACCUACAACCGACCCGGGUUUGACGUGGUGUCAAACCACACUUGGUGCAUGAUUGGUGACGCGUGUCUGCAGGAAGGUGUUGCCCUCGAAGCGAUCUCGCUGGCCGGUCAUCUUCGUCUCAACAACCUGACUGUCAUCUACGACAACAAUCAGAUCACAUGUGAUGGAUCUGUUGACCUCACCAACACCGAGGACGUAAACGCCAAGAUGCGCGCAUGUGGCUGGGACGUGAUCGAUGUGGAGGAUGGUUGUUUCGAUAUCGAAGGGAUCAUCCGUGCGUUGGAACAGGCCCGCGCAUCUCAACACAAACCCACUUUCAUCAACGUCAGGACGGUGAUUGGCCUUCACAGCAGCGUGGCCGGUACUGCAGCGGCACACGGUGCUGCUUUUGGUGCCAAAGGCGUUGAGAAUAUGAAGACAGCCUACGGUUUCAACCCAGAUGGGCAUUUCGUGAUUGACGAGACGGUGCGCCAGUUCUUCCAGGACAUUCCGGCUCGUGGAGAACAGUGGGUGCAGGAGUGGAACCAGCUGGUCAGCAACUAUAGUACUCAGCAUCCCGAGUUGGGAGCCGAGUUCCAAGCGCGGGUCCGCGGUGAACUCCCUGCGAACUGGCAGGAUCACAUCCCUACCAGUUUCCCUGAGAAAGAUACAGCCUCCCGCGCAUCGACUGGGCUAGUCUUCAACCCAAUUGCCAAAGAGGUUAAGUCAUUCAUGGUUGGUACGGCAGAUCUGUCGCCCUCGGUCAACAUGAUCUGGUCCGGCAAGGUGGAUUUCCAGCACCCCGAUCUACGCACCACUUGCAAUAUCAAUGGUGACUACUCCGGUCGCUAUAUCCACUAUGGCAUUCGCGAGCAUGCGAUGUGUGCCAUCUCUAAUGGCUUGGCAGCCUACGCGCCUAACACGAUCAUCCCCGUCACCUCUUCAUUCUUCAUGUUCUACCUGUACGCUGCUCCGGCGGUGCGAAUGGGUGCUCUCCAACACCUCCAGAUCAUCCACUGUGCCACUCACGACUCCAUUGGCAUGGGUGAGGAUGGGCCCACCCACCAGCCAAUCGAGCUGGCUACACUGUACCGCGCCAUGCCAAACCUACUGUAUAUCCGACCCGGCGAUAGUGAAGAGACAGCUGGUGCAUGGCUUGCGGCGAUCGGCGCAAAGAAGACCCCGAGUAUUAUCUCAACUUCGCGCCACGCCCUGCCACAGCUGUCCCAAACCCGGCGUGACGGUGUUGCGCAUGGCGCCUAUGUUUUGGCAGAAUCCGAGUCAGCCACGGUGACUCUGAUCGGAGUCGGCGCUGAGCUGUCUUUCGCUUUGCAGGUCGCCGAGCAAGUGAAGGCACAGAAGGGUAUCACUGCUCGCGUGGUUAGCUUCCCGUGCCAACGCUUGUUUGAGCAACAGCCGCUCGACUACAAGCGAGAAGUUCUGCGGCGCCACCGCGGCAUCCCCGCGGUUGUGAUCGAGCCAUAUGCUCCCAAUGGCUGGGAGCGGUACGCGGAUGCGGGCAUCUGUUUGACACGAUUCGGACACAGUCUGCCUGGAAAGGCGGCCUACAAUUUCUUUGGCUACGAGACUGACGUGUUGACGACCAAGGUGGCGGGGUAUCUGGAACGCCUUGAAAGUGAUGUAUUUCUUCGAGGGGAGUUCGUUGAGCUAUAA